AUGGACUGUCAUGCCAUCCUCCGCAACCCUAACCAGGGCCUCUCGUGCCACCAGCUGCAGAAGACGAUCCAACUGACGGUUACGUUGGAAGGGAAGCCCUGCGAGAUGGAGCUAGACACCGGUUCCGCAACGUCCAUAGUAUCUUGGAGCACCAUUAAACGCCUUUUGCCUCAGCUGUCAAAGCGCCAAUUACAAGACUGUAACCUCACAUUACGGGACUAUCAGGGCAACCUGAUUCCAGUAAUGGGCACCCGCAAAGUCAGAGUGCAGUUCAAGGGGUUUGACGGCCGGUUGCCCCUCAUCAUAGUCGAGGGACGGCUACCCAGCCUUCUCGGCCUCGACUGGUUCCAGUCCUUGGGGCUGCAGAUCAGCGGCAUCCACCAUCUCAGCACAACUGCCCUCGAUUGCCUGGUCAACGAGUUCCCAGCCGUAUUUGAUGGCACCUUGGGCAAAUACACAGGCACACCGGUCUCCUUCAACCUUGACCCGUCAGUGCAGCCGGUGCGAAUGAAGCCACGCCGCGUACCCAUCGCACUCAAACCAAAGGUGGACGCCGAGCUGGACAAGCUCGUGGCUCAAGGUGUCCUUGAGCCAGUGGACCAUGCACGAUGGGAAACACCCAUCGUGUUACCAAUCAAACCGGACGGCAGCGUGAGGAUUUGCGCAGACUACUGCUGCUCCAUCAACUGUGCUCUGCCCUCCAACGCAUACCCAGUGCCAGUGGUCCAACACCUCCUCCACACUCUUGGCGAGGGGUCCAUUUUCGAGCUCGACCUCGCACAAGCAUAUCAACAAUUAGUGGUGGAUGAUGAGGCAGCUGAGGCACAGACAAUCAUCACACACCGGGGCGUGUUCCGUUGUCGCAGAUUGCAGUUUGGGGUGAGCAUUGCCCCCGGACUUUUCCAAAGUUUGAUGGAGCGCUUGCUCCAAGGACUCAGAGGCGUCGUUCCUUAUUUUGACGACGUCCUCGUCUCAGCAAAUUCCUUAGAAGAACUCAUAGCCAGACUGCGAAUGGUUCUUCAGAAAUUUCAACAAGUGGGACUCAAAGUCAAAAGAGACAAGUGCCUGGUUGCGGUGCCCCAGAUAGAGUUCCUUGGGUUCCUCAUUGAUGGCAGCGGCAUCCACCCUACUGCUGCCAAGACCAAAGCCAUCAUUGAGGCCCCUGCACCUACUAACAGAGCUGAACUACAGGCCUUUUUAGGCCUACUCAAUUUCUAUGCGGUAUUCCUGCCGCAUAAGGCUUCUGUAGCUGAGCCACUUCACCGUCUCCUAAACUCAGGUGCUCCCUGGGUCUGGGGCCGCCGGGAGGCUUCCGCAUUCCUAGCUGUCAAACACCUCCUUAGCUCCAAUGACGUCCUCGUCCAGUACAGCGAGCACUUGCCUCUUGUAUUCGCUUGCGACGCUUCCCCCUAUGGGGUGGGCGCCAUUCUCUGCCACCAGCUACCCAGUGGGGCAGAGGUGCCUGUUGCAUACUUUUCCCGCACACUCUCCGCCUCAGAACGCAACUACGCUCAAAUUGAUAAAGAGGCUCUUGCUAUUGUGGCCGGGGUAAGACGGUUCCAUCACUAUUUGUACGGCCGCCCCUUCCAAGUUGUCACAGAUCACAAACCCCUCCUCGGGUUGUUGGCCGGCGAUCGUCCUGCCCCGCAGGUUCUCUCUCCCCGAAUGACACGUUGGUUCGUGUUCCUCGCAUCCUACGACUACCAGUUACAGCACCGCCCGGGGAAGCAGAUCGCUCAUGCCGACGCUCUCAGCCGUUGCCCCCUGCCAGAAGCUACGGAAGACCCUGCUGCGGUGGCCCCUGUGUUCCUCAUCGACGAUCUCCACCUUCCAAUUUCUGCCGCCGACAUCGCCCGGUUGUCCGCAAGGGAUCAGGUAAUGUCCCGGGUACUAGACUGGGUUAGGCGGGGGUGGCCAAAAGACCCCGUAGAUCCCGUCUUCCUUCCCUUCAAAUCACGCCUGGCGGAGCUGUCCGUCCAGCACGGCUGUUUGCUUUGGGGCCACCGGGUAGUUGUGCCUGCCUCACUGAGGACUACCGUCUUGCAGCAGCUGCAUCAGGCACACCCCGGCAUUGUCCGGAUGAAAGCCCUGAGCAGAAGCUAUGUCUGGUGGCCUAAGCUUGACCAAGACAUAGCUGACCAUGUCGCAGGGUGUCACCAAUGCCAAAGCUCCCAGGCCUUGCCUCCCAAAGCCGAGCCCCGGAUGUGGGAACCACCAUCCUCUCCCUGGUCCCGCGUCCACAUUGACUUUGCGGGCCCCAUCCAGGGCUGGAUGCUAUUGAUUGUUGUGGAUGCCUUCUCGAAGUGGGUUGAGGCCAUCCACAUGUCUUCCACGACGACAGACGCGCUUAUCGCGACCCUGCGCCACUUAUUUGCCACCCAUGGCCUUCCCGACGUGUUGGUGUCCGAUAACGGGCCACAACUGACAGCCACCAAAUUUGAAGCUUUUCUGACUUCCCAAGGCAUCCGACAUGCCCUUACCUCUCCUUUUCACCCCUCUAGUAAUGGAUUGGCGGAGCGUGCCGUGUGGUCCGUCAAAGAGGCCCUGGCCAAAAUGGAUCACCUGCCCUGGCAAGAACGCAUUGAUGCAUUCUUGUUAGCACAUCACUCCACACCCUCUCCAGACUCCAAUACCAGCCCAGCCGAGCUCCUUAUGGGACGCCGGCUGCGAACAACCCUUGACCGAUUGCACCCUUACUACUCCACCCCAGCCCCUUUGGAUUCUCAGGGAGGGACCCGCUCCUUCGUCCAGGGGGAGGCAGUGUAUGCCCGGAACUAUGGAGGGCAUCCCUUGUGGCUACUGGGCAUAGUGACUGACCAGACCGGGCCCUGCUCCUACAGGGUCAGGCUCCACUACGGCAGAAUUUGGAAACGCCACUGCGACCAGUUGCAGAGCAGGCGCCAGCCACUGACCGGCCAGCAGAAGCCAUCGGCCGACCCACCAAUUCCAACAACGCCGACAAGCGACGCGGGGCCCAGAAACGAGGAGGCCGCAAGAGAGCAAGCAGCCAGUGCCCCAAACCGAAGCGGCGACUUACUUGGUGGGCCAGCUCCAUCCUUGGCUGUUCGACGGCCCGGGUGA